GAAUUAUCUUUGCAGUUACUUUUACAUGUGACUUCAGUACUUCAGUUGGUAUGCUUUCAAGUCCUGUUGCUUUCCCACUGUUGAUUGGUUUGGUGGCUGUUAUGAUUUCUCCAAUUGUUGUUGGAGUGACAUCUAUAGGAAGAUCUGUAGGUGCUGCUUUGAUAUCUGGUGGAUUCAAUGGAGCUGGUCUAUUCAAGAGUUUUUCAGUGUUCUGCCCACCUGCAUCACUGUUCUUGAAUCUCAGUGAUUGUCUGGACAUGUAUAAAUAUAUGUUCCAGCUUUAAAAUGAAUCUCUCUGGAACCACUACCUUCACAAAACUAGUUGGUAAAACUUAUUCGCCAGUUAAACCAGCUGAACAAGUCCAUUAAUUAGAAUAGUAUCCGUUGUUAGGCCUGAAAUUUCAGUUAGGCAACUGGUAGAUAUUAGCUAGCUAUUUUGUAAUGUUUAAUGCUCCUCACCAAUAUGUAUAUAGUGCGUCUUUUUCUAAGUUAACGUCAUCAUCUUGAUUUUUGGAAUAAAACUUCCGUCAGUUCGUACUUUUAACUUGUAAUUUGAAUAAUCUUUAGUGACUAAAAGAAAAUGUAUUGAGGAAAGUUCCAGUGAGAGACCAAUAGAUCACUAAUCGAAGGAAUAGUAAAUCUAUCAAUAAUACUUAAUAUAUGUCACUACAUAUAAAACUAUAACUGCGGUCAAAAAGAAACGAUCAUUUGCAUUCAAAUAAAUUUAAGUUUUUCAGCACUCAUUCCACAAUUGAUUAAAAAUACAUAUUACUAUGAAUUUUUUAACCUACAUUAAUAAAGCACCUAGUUUCAUUUCGUUUCCAACAGUUCUCUAAAUGAUAUUGGAAGCACCUUUAAACAUCGAGGUUAUAAUGACAUAAAGAGUUCCGCCAAGUAAGACCUGAUGUUAUAUAAUAUUUGAGGAAGUAGUUAUGUCGUUUAUUUUCAAGUAUUCAAAACGAAUUUGCAUAAGAAUAAAUAUACGAACUUAUCUUAUUUUGUCUCAAACUACAUUCAAAUAUUUUUAUUUAUAGGUUGCGUUAAAUGUACUUAUUUGGUUCAAUUACUCAUUUGAUUCCUAUUGUUUAUCUUACUAUACUAUGAAAGUUAACUUUUUACAUUAGACCCAAGUGAUCAGUUUUACACAUUGUCCUUAAUGAUCUAGAAGCACUUAUCUGCCAUAUACCUAGCUUUAGAAGGUUGAUUUUAUCCGAGCAUUUAAAAUUUAUUAAGUCUGUAAAAAUAUAGCAUCAAUACCCAGCUUUAUUAUUUUAUUUUGUAACUUUAUAGUAUAGUUCUAUCACGGUUACUGAAUAAUAAACUGAAGUAGCCAUGAAACUGCCUAUCUUUCACUAGUAUUUGGUAGCACAUAAACUUUUAAAUGUCGGUUAUUUUGACGUUUUCCAAAAAUACCUCAGUCAUUACACUUCUCUAAUUUGUGUGGUCCAAGUUCAAAGUUAACUCCCACCACUGACAGCUAUCAGCCUGAGGACCACUAUAAAAAAGAGGUAAAUAACCAUCUGUUCAAUCCUAAUUUAAGAACUCACAAGGCUAGGUGUUUACGGCUUCACAAGAAAUCGAUUUACUAAACAUUAUUGUAACGACCCUAAUACCUUAAUACCAAUAAAUUAUAAUCUAAUGUUCAACAUUCCCAGUUACAUUCAGUUUGGAAUGUAGAGUAACGGUCAUUUUUUGUCAAGGUUUUGUUUAUAAUACAAUGAUAAGACAAAUUUUAUUUGACACCUUGUGUUACCUAUGAUUUCUUAGAUCGAUCGCAAAGAUUAUAAGAUGAGGGGUAGUCUAAGCUUUAAAACUAUUUUAACAUAAAAAGUUUAGUUUCAUAGAAAAAUAUCGGUUAAUUGAGUAACUGUCUAUGGUUUCAACUGUCAUUACCAAGUCUGUAUGUUAGUUAGCAUUUCUGUGAUGGCUGUAUGGAUAAUCGAAUGGUGUUACUUCUUUAAGAAUAAAUAGAUCAAUCAAUCAAAUAAUCUUACAUAGGAUUCUUUAAUAUUUUAUUUUUGCAUAGAUUACACUACUUUAACAAACAAAAUUGCAGAAUUAUCAUUUUCAAGUCUCUGAUAUUUUCAUUACCAAUAUUAGUUGCUAAGGAAAAUCAAACUAAAAUGUACGAGAAUUUUUCUCAAUCAUUAUAUCAGUUUCCUACGUGUAUUUUUUUAAAGGUACAUUAGACGUAUUAACUGCAAUAAGAGUCAGUGAACAAGCAUAUGUACAAACUUCACCUGGUCGAUGUCGUCAAGAUUCAAAUGAUUUGGCAACAUCAUUAAAUGUUGCAGAAAGAAAUGUAGCUUAUUCUGUUCCUCGUGGAUUAAGUCUUUUCAUAGAAGGUCGAUCUUUAAUCCCUGAUCCAUUUCCUCCAGAUCUGUCUAUUUUAUUUACUAUUCGAUUGGAAUCCAAUUUGGAAAAAGAGUUUUUCGCUCUUUAUGAUCGACAUGGACGAAUGAUUUUACGCAUAAUAAUUGGCUCACAUUUGCAAUUAGAAUAUUUAUCAAAAGAAUCACAGUCUAGUCAGCUUUCUGAUGUGCAUCCUCGAGAUUUAAAAGCACAUUCAGGAAAAACAUUAGAGAAAGCUAUUUUUAAAACUCGUCUAAAUGAUGGCCUAUGGCAUCGUGUAGCCGUCAGUAUUGGUACUACUACCGUAAGAUUACUAGUUGAUUGUAAACAAAGGGAGUCCAUAAAUUAUAAUCGUUCAUCAACAAGCAUUGAUAACAGAGGUCGAAUACAAGUAUUAAAAGACGGCAUUCAUGGUUUUAUUGAAGAUUUUUAUCUUCUACCUGGUGAAGAAGGUGCUGUUAAACAAUGUGAUGUUUAUUCACCUAAUUGUUUUGAUGAUCAAAUGAUGGGGGAUGAAGGAGAUAAAGAUACUGAUCCAAUGCAGGGUCCAACAGGUUCUAUGGGAGAUAGUGGUCCACCAGGUGACAAAGGUGAACCAGGUUUGAAUGGGUCAUCCGUACCUGCUGGUGAACCCGGUCCACCUGGUCCUAUGGGUUCCCUAUUCAUCAUUCCUCUCAAUCUAGGCGUCGGUAGUAGUAGUUUUGCACGGGCAGCUACAUUUCGAGACCUGCUUCAAAAACAUUUGCUUUCCUUAAAAGGUGUACGUGGAGCUAGAGGAAUGACUGGUGUGACUGGUCCAGAAGGAGGUCCCGGUGAACCCGGUGUUAAAGGAGAAGUUGGGCACCCAGGUGAUACGGGAUACCAAGGGCCUCGUGGGCCGAUGGGUCCACCUGGACGCCAAGGUUCAAGUGGACCACCGGGAUUAGAUGGUAGUCGUGGAGAACCUGGUCCAUCAGGAAUGAAAGGAGAAGAUGGACGCCCUGGUGAUUCUGGACUUAUAGGCCUUAAAGGAGAUAAAGGUGAAUUAGGGCCUCCUGGUCCCAAAGGUGAUCAAGGUCUCCCGGGUGAAGAGGGACCACGUGGACCUCACGGAGAUAUUGGGGAUCAAGGAGAUCCAGGUCUGCCUGGAGUACGUGGUCCUGUGGGUCAGCCUGGUCCGCAGGGUCCGAGAGGAAAACCUGGAAAUCAGGGACCACGGGGACGUAAAGGUGAACUUGGGGAACCUGGUGUACCAGGUUUACCAGGGCCAGCAGGUCCUGUAGGAACAUCUGGGCCGGAAGGUAUGGCUGGUCCUCGGGGCCCAACAGGUAUAGCUGGUCAGAGGGGACGCUCUGGUCCCUCAGGAGUUCCAGGUACUGAUGGUCUCCCAGGAUUUCCAGGUCCCAAGGGAGAUGUAGGACCUAAAGGAGAUACAGGUCCGAAUGGAUCAAAAGGUGAUACAGGUAUUCAAGGACCAAGAGGUUAUAAAGGUGAACGGGGUCGGUCCGGUCCCGAAGGUGCAAAGGGUGAGAGUGGCAAACCAGGGCCUGUAGGAGUACCUGGAGAUCCAGGCCCAAAAGGAGUGAAGGGAGACGUUGGAAUAUCUGGCCCCGUAGGAUCGCCAGGAGUUACAGGUAUGAAAGGUGACCCAGGUCCACCUGGUCCAGUUGGACAAAGAGGAGACCCUGGGACCAAAGGUUUACCUGGCGCUAUCGGCAUCCCAGGUCCACCCGGUCCAGACGGGGAAAGAGGUCCACCAGGUUUAACUGGAAGACGAGGUCGAGGCGGUGACAAAGGAGACAUAGGACCUCCAGGUUCACCAGGUGAAACGGGGCAGCAAGGGCAAAGAGGGGCUCCUGGGCCAAGAGGUCCACCAGGAAGAUUUGGCCCGCCGGGAAUGAAAGGGGAUGCUGGUCCGGUUGGCCCAGUUGGAUCCGUCGGACCGAUUGGUGAACAAGGUCUUCAAGGUCCCGUCGGACCUCCUGGACCAAUAGGACCACCAGGUUCAACUGGACGAGAAGGACCUGUUGGAUUUCCUGGACCACGUGGAGAACCAGGUGAACGUGGACCAGCGGGGCAACCUGGUAGUCUUGGGAACACUGGACCACCGGGUCCUAUAGGUGAUCCAGGACCUGAAGGACAACAAGGUCCAGUCGGACCAACAGGUCCAACUGGAGAUCCUGGAAAGGAUGGUAUGCCAGGGCGUGAUGGUCAUCCUGGUUCUAAAGGUGUAAGAGGUUCACCAGGAGUACUUGGCAAUCAAGGUGUUCGAGGAUUCCCGGGAUUUGAUGGCAUGCCAGGUCGACCUGGACCAGCUGGUGUGAAAGGUGAAAUAGGACCUGAUGGUGAAGUGGGACCUAUUGGAGAUAAAGGCUACCAAGGUGAUGUUGGUAUUAUCGGACCCAUCGGACCAACAGGUCCGUUGGGAGCAAGAGGCCCACCUGGUCCAGCUGGAGUCAAAGGUUUAACCGGUGAAGAUGGUCCUUUGGGACUAAUAGGAUCUCCUGGACCAAGGGGACCACCUGGUCGAUUAGGUCCUAUUGGACCGUUAGGGCCUCCUGGUUUUGAUGGGGAAAAGGGCGAUAAGGGUGCAUCAGGGCCACCAGGACCAAAAGGCGAUAAAGGAGGAGUGGGUAUACGUGGACCUUUUGGACCAGUUGGGAGCCCUGGGUUACCUGGAAUACAAGGACCACCAGGACUCCCUGGACAAGCAGGUGAGGAGGGACCUGAAGGAUUAGUUGGUCCAGAAGGAUCUCGAGGAUUGCCAGGAGCACCAGGUGCAUCUGGAAUGGUAGGUGUGACAGGUCUACCAGGAAUAGCCGGAGAAAAAGGAGACCAGGGAUCACAGGGUCCUAUAGGUCGACGCGGUUUACCCGGGACAGUUGGAGUCCCUGGCCCAGCUGGCCAACCUGGAAAUGUUGGAGCACCUGGUCCUGUUGGGCAACAAGGAGAAAGAGGGACUCAAGGAGAAGAUGGGCCACCAGGACCACGAGGUGUUGAAGGAAGUCCUGGAGUACAGGGACCACUAGGACCAAAAGGUCAAGAGGGUCCCCGUGGGCCACAAGGAGUACCUGGUGAUAUAGGGAUCCCAGGACCUGAUGGACCGAAAGGAGAGUUGGGUCCUUUAGGAAUACCUGGACCUCAAGGACCAACAGGACCUCCUGGACCAAAAGGUGUUCAAGGACCAGUUGGAGAAGAUGGAUCUCCUGGACCGCAAGGUCCUCUUGGAAAACAAGGUUUAAGAGGUCUACCUGGACCUCUAGGACCACCUGGACCUCCUGGUAUGACGGGUCCUCAGGGACGUACUGGACCUCAGGGUCCUAAAGGUGUAAAAGGUGAAACGGGUGAACAAGGAGUACCUGGUGAACCAGGACGCGUUGGGCCAGUAGGAUCCCCUGGACCUCCAGGAUCUUUGGGCAGUCCUGGCCAACAAGGUGUACCAGGGGUAAUGGGUAAACAAGGCAAGACAGGAGAACGAGGAUCAGAAGGACUGCAAGGCAAGCAAGGUGACCCUGGUAUACAAGGUGACCGUGGUCCGAAAGGUAGCAAAGGAACUUAUGGUCCAGUCGGUCCAUUGGGGCCUCCGGGACCAAAGGGUGAACAAGGUGUUCCUGGACUUGAGGGCGUACGAGGAGUGGUUGGUCUCAAAGGAGAAAGGGGUCCUGUCGGACCUGCCGGAGAUCCAGGACAACCAGGUCCAUCCGGACCAGUUGGUCCUGAAGGUCCAGCUGGACAUCCUGGUCCUCCAGGGUUACCUGGUGUUCCAGGUCAAAAGGGUUCAUCUGGUCCAGCAGGACCACCGGGACCUCCGGGUCCAAUCAAGGUCUUAGAUAUGAGUGAAGGUUAUUAUAGGUUUGAGGAUACACCCAGAGUUAGACGUAGUAUUUCAGAUGCUUUAUACAAUAAUCAAUAUUAUUCGAAACAGGAUCCGGAUGAAAGUAUUACACCGAAUACAAUACCAUCAGUUGGUGCAGUACUACGUCGUAUAUAUGCAAGAAUUGAAAGCUUAGAAGCAUCUAUGAAUAGUUUUGAACGUCCUAUGGGUACACAACAAAAUCCAGCUAGACACUGUCGUGAUAUAUAUGAAGCUGCUGAUUUUCCAGAAACUUCUAAAUCUGGUACUUACUGGAUUGAUCCAAACCUUGGUUCACCAACUGAUGCAUUCACAGUUGAAUGUAGAUUUCAGAAUAAGGGAAAUGUUGCUGAAACAUGCAUUAAACCAAGUGAAGAUACAAAAACACAACCUCUUACUAAUUUUGUUAAAACAAAUAAUUCAGAAGACUGGUGGAUUUCACAUUUAAAACAACAGAAACAAAAUGGAACAAUGCAUAAAACUCAAUUAUAUUAUGCACCAAUAAAUCAAAUUCGUUAUCUACAACUAUUACAUUCAAAAGCUGAACAAGUGAUCACAUUUACAUGUCGUAAUACACCAGUAUAUUUUGAUGUGAGAAAUCAAAAUUAUAAGAAUGCAGUAAUCGUUAAAUUAUUUGAUGAAAAUGUGAUUGAUACUUAUGAAGAUAGACGUACACGUACUAUUGGUGGUGGUAUUAUGUUAGAUAUCAAGGUUAAAGAUGAAUGCAUGGAACGAAGUAAACAAAAAGCCAGUAGUGUAUUUGAAUUUGUCACCCGUAAACCAAACUUACUUCCAUUAGUUGAUAUUCAAUUAAAAGAGUUUGGAGAAAGUGAUCAAGAAAUUGGAUAUUAUAUGGAUGCUGUUUGUUUCAGUUAAAUUUGUCAUCAUUGGUAUUUAUGAUUUAAUCAAUAAAUGAACUAGUAUUUAAGCUGAAUAAUUUUAUACCUUUUUUGAUUGUUCGUUUCUCCGGCUGUUGUAACUUACUCUGGUUAUAUUUGUAUUAGUUAACUAGUGAAUAGUCACGAUAGAUUAUCGGGUAGCAGGAAGACUUUAUGUUUCUUUUUCUAUGAUGCAGUCUUUUUUCUGUGAGCUCGUCUUAUAUAUUAAAUUGAUUUUAGGCUAUAGUUUAGUAAAUACAUCCACCUCUUUAAUAU